AUGACGAACGAAACGGUAACGUACGGCCGCGGUGGAGCUGGCAACGUCACCACCAAAGACGCCAAAUCGCCUACUUUCAAGCCUCAGACCACGCCCGUAUUAAAAUCGCACGUGUACACCACUGGUCGUGGUGGAACUGGCAACAUGGCCAAGCUUGAUAGUCCAGAGGAGGCAAGGCGCGCUCAGGAUGUUGAUGUGCCUGGAAUUACGAUCCCAGAAAACGUCCAUCACACCGGGAGAGGUGGCGCGGCCAACCUAUAUAAGCCCACAGAAGCGGAGCAGAAAGAAGCGCGAGCCCAUAAUGAGAAGGUGCGAUCAGAGUCAUUCAGCAAGGACCGGAGUGGUCUCCGCGGCUUAGCCGGCAAGGCCAAAGAUAACUUGGUCGGCAAAAGCAAUGGGGAGAAAGAGUGA